AUCUACUACUGGCAUCAUCUGGUCGUGAAACUGUGUUAUGUCUAUACAAUAUAGUAGCUAUCCACAUAUCGUAGAAAAGGAAUUGUCGCGUUCGUGAUUUACGAACAACAAAUGGCUAACGCAUUAGGCGCAGUUGAUUGGGAAGAUUUAAGACGACAAGCGAGGCAUUUAGAAAAUGAAAUCGAUGCAAAAUUGGUAGCAUUUAGCAAGCUUGGGGUCAAUACCGGAACCAAGCUAGUUAAUGCAGACGAAGUGCCACUUUUGGACGAAGAGCAUGUCUUUGAAAAUAUGGCUUCUGAAAUAGAAGCAUUGCUUGCCAAAUUAUUCUCUAUAAACGAAAGAAUGAGCGAGUUACAACCAAAUGGCGCCGCGAUGCUGCAUACUAUGCAACGUCACAAAGAUAUACUGAAAGAUUAUAAACUGGAAUUCAGUAAAAUUAGGAAUAAUUUUGCGGCAAGAAGAGAUAGAGAAGAUCUAUUAGGAAGCGUUCGCAAAGAAAUCGAUAAUUACAAAAGCGUAAGUGGACUUAAUCGUCGGGAAAUGUAUUUAAAAGAGAACCAACACAUUCACAAUUCGGAUCGUUUACUCAAUGAUCAAAUAAGCAUAGCGAUGGAAACUCGCGAUCAUCUGAUGACUCAGAGACAGACAUUCAAGCGUUUACAGACCAGACUAAACGAUAUCUCAAACCGAUUUCCAGCAGUAAACAGUUUAUUGCAAAGGAUAAAUCUGCGUAAAAGACGAGACUCUCUUAUUCUUGGUCUCAUCAUUGGAUUUUGCACAUUUCUUAUGCUGCUAUAUGCUUUUCAUUAAAUAACUUUCUAUACCAAAGUACUUCCGCCCCCUGUGAGGUUACUAAUUCAUCGAUGGAAAUGCAAAUAUAAGUAGAAGAGGUAUUUGGUGACUGUAUUUUAUGACAUAUAACAGAUAUGAGACGUUGAAACUGAAAAAUGCCUGUUUAUGCACGGUCGCGUAAAUGAAUUAUGAAUGGUCGAACGAAUGUUUCUGUCCUUAUAAGAAAGUAAGAAGAAAUGUUAAAUUGUACAGUUUUUUUAUUGCCUAACAUAAGUCGUGGGUCAAACCAUGUAAAAAAAUUUAAUCCACGAUUGACAUGUUAAUAAACAUUAAAAUGAACGGUGGAUAUUUUA